UGAUGACAUACUCGCCAGUAGGUUGGGCAAGAGGCUGUGGUACUUUUCUCAACUUCACUCCUUCCUUCGGCUUCUCGGACAGCCUUUCCUACAUUUCCUUCAAUUUUGGCAUUUAGCUCUUGAGAAGAUAUCUAUUUUCAUUAGCCUGUAUCUUCAAGCGUUCUAUCGCGCACCUACGGCCAUGUUCGACACAGGAAAUUGCUCAGUGGUCCCAAGCUCCACGCCAACAGAUGCAGGCGUCGCCGGUGCUGGUGUCCUCCUCUCUUUUAUAAUUACAAACUGUCUCUCCCUCUUCCUCUCUGCCAUCAUCAUUCUCCUCGGCCUACGUAAAUCCACAUCUGCUCCAAUAUUUCGGAAACUACUUCUCUCCUUCUCCGACCAGCAGAUCAUCACCGGAAUCGGCAUCCAAUCCGUCGGUCUUGCGAAAAUGAAAACAAUGGUUCCCUACCAUUUCUUCAUCAUCUGGCUCCUAUCCCUGCUCUCGACUGCCACGAAUUUGUCGACGUUAAUAGCACUUGUAAACGAUUUUAAGCGAGACUGGGUGCUUCGCUGGUUACGGCAGUUUCUCAUGUUUAUCAACCUCGUACUACAGAUAGUCAGCAGUAUCUUCGUCCUGCAAUCCGUGAUGAAGAACCUCGAGCCUCGCUUACCGAUCGGCUGUGUCUGGGAAGUCUCAUCGCGAGGAAAGGCUUCCAACGCUGCACUCUCGCUCGUCGGAACAAUCGCCGUAAUCGCAGGGAACGUCAUUGUCUUCUCGUUUUCGACUUGGUACCUGCACAACCGGCAGAAUCCGAAAUGGCUUAAGACCGUGCAAGUCGUGGGGCUCGUCACGUUGAUAGCUAUGGGUAUUGGCGCCACAGUGCGCGUGGUUCUGGUGUCGCAGGCUUUCGGUCAUCCUCCAGAAUCAGUGAGAUUGGUUGGAACGGGUGAGAAGGAUUGGAGCUUCGGACAGCUGUUGCCACUUUUGUUGCUUUCACUGCCGCUUAUCAAUACCGUGGAAAUCAUCAGAGGGGAAACGAAGACGCCACCUUCCGCUGUGGAUGACGAUACUACGCCGCUCUUCGAUGGGGAGUUGGGCCCACAAAAACCAACGGAGUAUCAGCCGAACCCUAUGUGGGGGAGUCGAAAUAAUUUGGUAGGAAAAUGAGGCUAAUGGUUCUUCCUGACUGAACCCUAUGGCUUGUUCUCGUUCGCAUGCCGUGAUUCUCCCCCUUGCGGCGUUGUUAGAAAGUGUAUGUAUUGUGACGUAGACAUGAACUCAGAAGUUUGCUGAAUCAAAGAAGUACCUCCUGUUUUGCAUCUAAGCUUAAAGACUUGUAUAGGUGGCUUAGCGUUUAGUUAUCGAAAGCUAUAGCAUGCUAUAUCUGCAGUGCUUGCAGUUUAUCAUUUUAUCUCUCAGGUG